GAAAAAAAUUGGUGCUUCUUCCCUCUUAAUUAGACCCUAACAAUUUCUUUCAUCUCUGUAAAUUUUGAGCUACAUUCAUUAAACCCAAUUGUUGAAACCGGCGUUUUUCAGUUACAGACAGAGCAAGAAGAAAGAAAGAUUUAUUUUUGGAGAAAGGAUACUUGGCUUCUACAGAGGGGAAAGGGCACAUGUGAAUAGACCCAUAUUGAAGGAAAAGGACGAAGCUUGGUGAAGAAUGGAGAGUAAAGGUAGCAUGGUGGUGGGCAAUCAGAGAAAAGAAUUUGAAGGAAUCAAACUAGGGAAUCCCUUUACUUUCAAAGUGAUGCAAGUAUUUACUGGUUUUGGGAUUGGCUGUGGUGUUGGUAUUGGUGUUGGCCGCCCUAUAAAUCUUGGUAACGCCCAGCAGCCCUCUCCUUUCGUAGCCUUUACCGUAUGAAUUUUGUUUUCUUGUUGAGAAUAUGAACUGGGUCGGGUCGUUUAUUUCCAGCAAUGAUAGUCCUUGUCGAGAUUGGCUUCUUAAGAACCCUCGUGCAUUACCUAUGGUUGGUCAGGUCAUGAGUGCGACUAGAGGUGCCACUGAUGCAUUAUCUGGUGUCAGUAGACAUGUAAAUGAUGCUAUGAGGAAGUUCGGAGCUAAGAACAUUCAGGCAGGCAUUGGAUGUGGAGUUGGUUUUGGCCAUGGUUUCGGAAUUGGCCUUGCUGUGAAACCUGGGGUUGUGCAUCAAAUUCAGACCUGUCUUCUACAAGCUGUGACAAAAUUGACAAUGAAGUUUGGAAUGCCUCCCAAUUUACUCACCAGUCAAGGUGCCUUUCCAGUAUCUCUGCCAAGUGGCUUGACUACAAUAAAUGAGGCCUCUUUACAGACCUCUAUGGGAAGUGUCAUGCAGAUGGCACCAAAGAUACCUGAUCACCCAUUUCAAGGGCUGGCUGAACAGGGAAGCAUGGUGACAGGUUCGACUUAUGAAAGGUUUGCAUCUAGAUCUCCAGCUGAAACUUCUUUUGGUCGAACAGAAAAGGUUGUCAGCAGUUUUUUGCAGAAUCCACUAUUGAAGGAAGAUGACAACAGAGUAAAUGACCUUGCCAGUCAGUUGCGGUCUGAAAACAACAUGCUUCAAAUGGUUUUGAAACACCAGCAAGCAAUUGAGGAGCUUAUGGAAGAGAAUGAGAAGCUUCGUCGGAUACUCACAGAGGACUUGAAAGUACCACCCAGCAAGCUCCAAUCCAGUUACUCGAGUAAAAGUAAACCCCCAUGUUCAGAAUGCUUUGAAUGCCGAAGGAAACAAAGAAAAAGGAGAUGAGAACAAAUACCAUUCAAGAGCUAUACAGGAAGUUCUUACUCUUUAAGGAGACACAUUGUAUGUCCUUUUCUGCCGCAUGGUCAUCUUUAAUGAUCAUAGAUUUUGAGCCCAAGGGAGAGAUUGCAAAAGGUAAAUUCAGAUUUCCUUUGGAGAUAACUCAUUGCUGGUUAAACAUCAUAGUGUAGACCACACCAAACAUUACUGAAACUAAUCUUAAAGGACUCUAACCUUAUGUUUCCAUGUUCUUUUUUCCAUAUUUUUUCCUAUUCCUGGUGUGUCUCACAUAGUUCUUGGUGGUGGAAACUUUCGCAAGUAGCAAGCAUUUCUCUGCAUUCUUUAGCCCUCUAAACUUAACAUUUGUUGCAGUUCCGAAUGUAUGUGUACUUCUAGAAUACAGAUUACUGUUUCACAAGUCAUUCUCCAAUGUCUUUAUAAGGGCCUAUAUAGUCUAUAGGCUUUACUUCUUGCAAAAUGCUGUGAUGCGAUAAACAGUUGCAGACAAGCUAAUCUAUGCUCCUCUUUCGAAUCUACGCCAUUGACAUUGUGGUUGAGAUUUGUUGUUUGUAGACACUACAUUAACUGAGUCUGAGAUUACUUCAUUAUGAGAUCACUUCAUCAAAAUAAACAUUAUUCAUCACU